AUGGAGAGAAAUGGCGGGAAGCAGCAGCAGCAGCAGCCGGAGACGGCGGCGCCGGCGCCGGCGCCGAGGAAGGGCGCGUGGCGGGACGGCGCCGUCACCUACUUCCACCUCCUCUUCUACAUCGCCAUCUCCGGCGGCCAGAUCUUCUUCAACAAGUGGGUGCUAUCCUCAAAAGAGAUCAACUUCCCCUAUCCAGUGGCACUAACUUUGCUACAUAUGCUCUUCUCAUCUGUAGUAUGCUUUGCUGCUACAAAGAUUUUCAAGGUCAUAAAGAUUGAUGAAGGAAUGACUACAGAUGUAUACGUGAGUUCAGUCAUUCCAAUUGGAGCAAUGUUUGCAAUGACACUUUGGCUAGGGAACAGUGCAUACCUCUACAUAUCUGUUGCAUUUGCACAGAUGUUGAAGGCAAUAAUGCCUGUAGCCGUGUUUCUCCUUGGAACAGCAUUUGGCCUUGAAGAAAUGAACUGUAAAAUGCUUGCUAUCAUGUCUAUCAUCAGCGUGGGAGUUAUUGUGGCCUCUGUUGGUGAAAUUACAAUCAGCUGGGUUGGAGUGGUGUAUCAGAUGGGUGGAGUUGUAGCGGAAGCCCUUAGACUUAUCUUUAUCGAGAUAUUUUUGAAGAAGAAGGGUGUUAGACUGAACUUGAUAUCCAUGAUGUACUAUGUUAGCCCUUGCAGUGCCUUUUGCCUGUUCAUUCCCUGGUUGUUCUUAGAGAAGCCAAAGAUGGAUGCAAGUAUUUCAUGGAACUUCCCACCAAUUACAUUGUUCUUAAACUGCAUGUGCACAUUCGUACUUAAUCUGUCAGUUUUCCUUGUCAUCUCCCGGACAAGUGCACUGACAGCUCGUGUUACUGGAGUUGUGAGAGAUUGGAGUGUGGUGCUGCUGUCAGCUGCUAUUUUUGCUGAUACAAAGCUUACCUUCAUAAACAUAGUUGGCUAUGCCAUAGCCAUAGUAGGUGUUGUUGCAUAUAACAAUCAUAAGCUUAAACCCCAAGCGAACCAGCAGCAGGGCGCUGACAGCAAAGUCAGCCCAGGAAGCCCUCGACAUGUUGAGAUACCAUUGAACUCUACAAAAGAAUCUUCAUAA